AUGGUUUUAAAUAACGACCCAAAUAAACAGAAUUUCCCCGGGAAUAAUACACAGAACCCGGGUAACGGAGUACCGCAGUUUCCUACCAAUGUAAAUUAUCAAAUACCCACACAUAACAUGCCUCCGCCAAAUUUCCCGUUCAUGCCACCGAUGGGUAACCCACCAUUGCCACCGGGAAUGGUUUUCCCACCGCCAAUGAUGCCGCCAGGGAUGGCGUUCCCGCCGGGGAUGAUGCCGCCUCCAGGAAUGCCAAUGCCACCAGGAUUCGUCAUGCCGCCCCCACCCGGAGUGAAUCACGCGCCUCCAUUAAUUCCAGAGCAGCGGCCAGAAAUGAGCACAGUUGCGAAUCAAAACGGAAAAGAAUAUAAGGAAGAAGGCCUGACCAACGGAACAGUGGAGCACGACACAGGCAUAACGAACUUUAAGAUAAACAGAUUUCAACUGGCGGAAUUCGAGAAGCUGCAGGAGAAGGCGAGAAAAUGGCAGAAGUUGAACCUGAGGAAGUACACGAAGAGCACGGCGACAGUAAACUCGUCAUUCUCAGCACCAAUGCCACCAGAGCACAUCAGGAAGGUGAUCAGAGACCACGGAGACAUGAGCAGCAGGAAGUACCGCUACGACAAGAGAGUGUACCUGGGAGCACUGAAGUAUGUGCCGCACGCAGUGUACAAGCUUCUAGAGAACAUGCCGAUGCCCUGGGAACAGGUGAGGAACGUGGAGGUGCUAUACCACAUCACAGGAGCAAUCACGUUCGUGGACGAGAUACCCUGGGUAGCAGAUCCGAUCUUCCUGGCGCAAUGGGGAACAAUGUGGAUUAUGAUGAGAAGAGAGAAGAGAGAUAGGAGGCACUUCAAGAGAAUGAGGUUCCCGCCGUUCGACGACGAAGAGCCGCCAAUAGACUACUCGGAAAACAUACUGGACCUGGAGCCUCUGGAGGCGAUACAGAUGCAGCUGGACCCAGAAGAAGACGCAAGCGUGAUAGACUGGUUCUACGACCAUAAGCCGCUGCAGUACGACCGGAGGAGAAUGAACGGAACGAGCUACCGCAAGUGGUUCCUGUCAAUAGAGCAGAUGUCAGUACUGUACAGGCUGGCCUCGCAGCUCUUCAGCGACAUUCAGGACGACAACUACUUCUACCUCUUUAACCUGAAGGCGUUUUACACAGCGAAGGCACUGAACACAGCAAUACCAGGAGGACCGAAGUUCGAGCCGCUGUACAGAGACAUGGACGAGGACGAGGACUGGAAUGAGUUCAACGACAUAAGUAAGCUGAUAAUAAGGCAGCAGAUAAGGACGGAGUACAAGAUAGCGUUCCCGUACCUGUACAACAGCAGGCCGAGAAAGGUGGCAAUAAGCAGCUACCACACGAAGUUGUGCGCAUACAUACGCCAGGAGGACCCAGAUUUAGACGUGUUCUACUACGAUCCGAUCAUAAACCCACUGCCCUCAUAUAAAAUGUAUAAGCCUGCGAAAGAAAAUAGGAAUCCAACACACGCUAAUGAAAUUAAGGAAAGUAAGUCAGGAAGAAUAGAAGACCAGAAUAAGAUGGAAAGAGAAAGAGUAAAGAAUGAAGAAAAUGAGGAAAAGAAGAAACACGAAAAGGGAGAUAAUAAAUCUGAUAGGCAUAGAGAAUCAGGUAGCCACAAAGAAUCAGAAAGGCAUAAAGAAUCAACUAUCAACAAAGAUACAGAAAGGCAUAGAAAUAGAGAAACAGAAAAGGAAAAGGAUGAAAAGUUGAGAAGAUCUAGUAGGCUAAGAAGCAGAGAUAAGGAAGAUUAUAGGGACAAGGAUAAGGAUAGAGAUAGGAGUAGAGAUAGAGGUAGGGAUAGGAGUAGAAGCAAAGAUAAGCAUAGAGAAAGAGAAGUUGAAAAGAGAAAGAGCAGGAGAGGAGAUAGAGGAAGAGAUAGAGAUAGAAGUAGAACUAGGAGUAGGAGUAGAAGUAGAAGUAGAAGUAGAGAUAAGAGAAAGAGAGAGUCUAAAUCAGAUAAGGACAGUGGAGAUAAGUAUGUAAGAACAGAAAGGGAAACUAGGUCUAGAAGAGGAAGAGGAUCAGAAUCAAAGAAAGAAGAAAAGGAAGUGGGAACAGAUGCUAGUAACGUUAAUGCCAACAACAAGUUUAAUAGUGGCCUCAAUGCCAGUCAUAAAGCUGAUACUAACCACAAGACCGGUAAUGAUGCUAACAGUAACUUCAAUGCUACCGCCAACGCCAAUGCUACCGGCAAUACCAAUGCUACCGCCAACGCCAAUGCUACCGGCAAUACCAAUGCUACCGGCAAUACCAAUGCUACCGCCAACGCCAAUGCUACCGGCAAUACCAAUGCUACCGGCAAUACCAAUGCUACCGCCAAUGCCAAUUAUAAUGACGUUAAUACUAACCACAAAACGAGCUCUAAAGCAAUCAAUAAAAAGGAAGAGCACGGAGGUCACGUGAGUUAUGUAAAGGAAGAGGAGGAGGACGAAGAAGAAGAAUUUGUGUUGGAUGAAGGAGUGAGGCCGUUUUUGGAAAAUGUGCCACUGUCGAACGAGAAUACGGCAAAUGGAAUAAGCCUGUAUUGGGCGCCACACCCAUAUAACAAGAGAAGUGGAAUGUGUAGAAGAGCAAUAGACCUGCCGAUAGUAAAUUCAUGGUUCAGAGAGCACGUGCCGAGCAAUUACCCAGUGAAGGUGAGAGUGUCAUACCAAAAGUUGCUGAAAGGAUGGGUGAUAAGUAACCUGCACGGAAAGAAGCCGAAGGGAAUGAAGAAGAGAAGGCUGUUUAAAGUGUUCAGAGGAACGAAGUUUUUUCAAACGACAGAAUUGGACUGGGUGGAAGUGGGACUGCAAGUGUGUAGACAAGGAUAUAACAUGCUAAACCUGCUGAUACACAGAAAAAACUUGAAUUACCUGCACCUAGAUUAUAACUUUAACCUGAAGCCAGUGAAGACGCUGACGACGAAGGAAAGGAAAAAGUCGAGGUUCGGAAACGCAUUUCACCUGUGCAGAGAGAUACUGAGGCUGACGAAGCUGGUGGUAGAUUCGCACGUGCAGUACAGGCUGGGAAACGUGGACGCGUAUCAGUUGGCAGACGGGCUGCAGUACAUAUUCUCACACGUGGGUCAGCUGACGGGAAUGUACAGAUAUAAGUACAGGCUGAUGAGGCAAGUGAGAAUGUGCAAGGACCUGAAGCACCUGAUCUACUACAGGUUUAACACGGGGCCAGUAGGAAAGGGACCAGGAUGCGGAUUCUGGGUGUGCGGAUGGAGAGUGUGGUGCUUCUUCCUGAGAGGAAUACUGCCGCUGCUGGAAAGGUGGCUGGGAAACCUGCUGGCAAGACAGUUUGAAGGAAGAGUGACGAAGGGAGUGGCGAAGACAGUGACGAAGCAGAGAGUGGAGUCGCACUUCGACCUGGAGCUGAGAGCAGCAGUGAUGCACGACAUCCUGGACAUGAUGCCAGAGGGGAUCAGAGCGUCGAAGGCGAAGACGAUACUGCAGCACCUGAGCGAAGCGUGGCGCUGCUGGAAGUCGAACAUACCGUGGAAGGUGCCGGAGCUGCCCUCGCCAAUAGAAAACAUGAUACUGAGGUACGUGAAGCUGAAGGCGGACUGGUGGACGAACGCAUGCUACUACAACAGAGAAAGAAUAAAGAGAGGAGCGACAGUGGAUAAGACGGUGUGCAGAAAGAAUCUGGGAAGGCUGACGAGGCUGUGGCUGAAGAGUGAGCACGAGCGGCAGCACAACUACCUGAAGGACGGACCGUAUCUGACGGGAGAAGAGGCAGUGGCAAUAUACACGACGGCAGUGCACUGGCUGGAGUCGAGGAAGUUUGUGCACAUACCGUUCCCGCCGCUCAACUACAAGCACGACACGAAGAUACUGAUCCUGGCGCUGGAGCAGCUGAAGGAGCCUUACGCGACGAGAGGAAGACUGAAUGAGUCGCAGAGGACGGAGCUGGGGCUGAUAGAGAAGGCGUACGACAACCCGCACGAGUGCCUGAGCAGCAUUAAGCGUCAGCUGCUGACGCAGAGGACCUUCAAGGAGGUGGCGAUCGAGUUCAUGGACAUGUACUCGCACCUGGUGCCAGUGUACGACAUAGACCCGUCGGAGAAGAUAACGGACGCGUACCUGAACCAGUACCUGUGGUACGAAGCGGACGCGAGGAAGCUGUUUCCGAACUGGGCGAAGCCGUCAGACUCGGAGCCGGCGCCGCUGCUGGUCUACAAGGUGUGCCAGGGGAUCAACAACUUCACGAAAGUGUGGGAAAACCACAGCGAGGACGGAGAGCCGACCUUCGUAGUGCUGCUGAACAGCAAGUUCGACCGAGUGUACGAAAAGGUGGAUCUGACGCUGCUAAACAGACUGCUGAGGCUGAUCGUGGACCACAACAUCGCGGACUACAUCACGGCGAAAAACAACGUCUCGAUCGCGUUCAAGGACAUGACGCACAUCAACAGCUUCGGGUUCAUAAGAGGACUGCAGUUCAGCCCCUUUGUGUUCAUGUACUACGCGCUGGUGCUGGACCUGCUGCUGCUGGGUCUGACGAGAGCGACGGAGAUAGCAGGGCCGUACAACGCGGAAAACGAAUUCCUGUGCUUCCCCUCAGUGGAAAUAGAGACGAGGCACCCAAUAAGAAUGUACUGCAGAUACAUAGACCAGAUCUACGUGCUCUUCAAGUUCACAGGCGCCGAGGCGCGGGAGCUGGUGCAGAGGUACCUGAGCGAGAACCCGGACCCGAACAACGAGAACGUGGUGGGAUACAACAACAAGAGCUGCUGGCCGAAGGACUGCAGAAUGCGCCUGAUGAAGCACGACGUUAACCUGGGAAGAGCAGCAUUCUGGGAAAUGCAGUCACGCCUGCCGCGCUCAGUGACGGGGCUGGAGUGGCAGGACUCGUUCGUCUCAGUCUACAGCAAGGAUAACCCGAACCUGCUCUUCAGCAUGUGCGGGUUCGAAGUGAGAAUACUGCCGAAGCUGCACGCGAGCAAGAUGAGCGCCUCGUCAGAAGGAGUGUGGAAGCUGCAAAACUACAACACGAAGGAGCUGUCAGCAACAGCGUACCUGCGAGUAGACCAGGCGAGUCUGAGCGCGUUCGAAAACAGAGUGAGGCAGAUCCUGAUGUCAUCAGGAAGCACGACCUUCACGAAAAUCGCAAACAAGUGGAACACGGCACUGAUCGCGCUGAUGACGUACUUCAGAGAGGCGAGCAUCCACACGAACGAGCUGCUGGACCUGCUGGUUAAGUGCGAAAACAAGAUACAGACGAGAAUAAAGAUAGGACUCAACAGUAAGAUGCCGAGCAGGUUCCCGCCGGUGGUCUUCUACAGCCCGAAGGAGCUGGGAGGCCUGGGCAUGCUCUCGAUGGGCCACAUCCUUAUCCCGCAGUCUGACCUGAAGUACAGUAAGCAGACGGACGCAGGGAUCACGCACUUCAGAAGCGGAAUGUCGCACGAGGAGGACCAGCUAAUCCCGAACCUGUACAGGUACAUACAGACGUGGGAAAGCGAGUUCAUAGAGAGCCAGCGAGUGUGGGCGGAGUACGCGCUCAAGAGGCAGGAGGCGCAGCAGCAGAACCGAAGGCUGACGCUGGAGGACCUGGAGGACUCCUGGGACCGAGGAAUCCCGAGAAUCAACACGCUCUUCCAGAAGGACAGGCACACGCUGGCCUACGACAAGGGCUGGAGAGUGACGCUGCACUUCAGGCAGUACCAGAUCCUGAAGGUGAACCCGUUCUGGUGGACGCACCAGAGGCACGACGGGAAGCUGUGGAACCUGAACAACUACAGAACGGACAUGAUACAGGCGCUGGGAGGAGUCGAGGGGAUCCUGGAGCACACGCUCUUCAAGGGCACGUACUUCACGACCUGGGAAGGGCUCUUCUGGGAGAAGGCGUCGGGCUUCGAGGAGUCGAUGAAGUACAAGAAGCUGACGAACGCGCAGAGGAGCGGCCUGAACCAGAUACCGAACAGGCGCUUCACGCUCUGGUGGUCGCCGACGAUCAACAGAGCGAACGUGUACGUGGGAUUCCAGGUGCAGCUGGACCUGACGGGAAUAUUCAUGCACGGAAAGAUCCCGACGCUUAAGAUAUCGCUGAUACAGAUCUUCAGAGCGCACCUGUGGCAGAAGAUACACGAAAGCAUCGUGAUGGACCUGUGCCAGGUGCUGGACAUGGAGCUGGACGCGCUGGAGAUAGAGACGGUGCAGAAGGAGACGAUACACCCGCGCAAGUCAUACAAGAUGAACAGCUCGUGCGCGGACAUACUGCUGACGGCGGCGUACAAGUGGAGGAUGUCGAAGCCGGCGCUGCUGACGGACUCGGCGCCGAAGGACGCGGAGAAGGACGUGGUGGCGACGAAGUACUGGAUCGACGUGCAGCUGCGCUGGGGAGACUACGACUCGCACGACAUCGAGCGCUACUGCAGGGCUAAGUUCCUGGACUACACGACGGACAGCAUGUCGAUCUAUCCGUGCCCGACGGGGUGCAUGCUGGGCGUGGACCUGGCGUACAACCAGCACUCGGGCUACGGCUACUGGUUCCCGGGCAUGCGCGAGCUGAUGGUGAAGGCGAUGAACAAGAUCAUGAAGGCGAACCCGGCGAUGUUCGUGCUGCGAGAACGAAUAAGGAAGAGCCUGCAGCUCUACAGCAGUGAGCCGACGGAGCCGUACCUGUCCUCGCAGAACAUGGGCGAGCUCUUCGGCUCGCAGACGAUCUGGUUCGUCGACGACACGAACGUAUACAGAGUGACCAUCCACAAGACGUUCGAGGGGAACCUGACGACGAAGCCGGUCAACGGAGCGAUCUUCAUCUUCAACCCGAAGACGGGGCAGCUGUUCCUGAAGGUGAUCCACACGUCGGUGUGGGCGGGGCAGAAGAGGCUCUCGCAGCUUUCUAAGUGGAAGACGGCGGAGGAGGUGGUGGCGCUCAUCAGGUCGCUGCCGGUCGAGGAGCAGCCGAAGCAGAUCAUCGUGACGCGGCGCGGCAUGCUCGACCCGCUCGAGGUGCACCUGGUCGACUUCCCGAACAUCGUGAUCAAGGGCAGCGAGCUGCAGCUGCCCUACCAGUCGAUCAUGAAGCUGGAGAAGUUCGGCGACCUGAUCCUGAGGGCGACGCAGCCGGAGAUGGUGCUCUUCAACCUCUACGACGACUGGCUCAAGAGCAUCAGCAGCUACACGGCCUUCAGCAGGCUCAUCCUGAUCCUGCGCGCGAUCCACGUGAACGCGGAGCGCGCGAAGGUGAUCCUGAAGCCGAACAAGACGACGGUCACGCUCCCGCACCACGUCUGGCCGAACCUGACCGACAACGAGUGGAUCAACGUCGAGAUUGCGCUCAAGGACCUGAUCCUGGCCGACUACGCGAAGAGGAACUCGGUGACCGUCACGAGCCUCACGCAGACUGAGAUCCGGGACAUCAUCCUGGGCAUGGAGAUCGCGCCGCCUGACGUGCAGCGGCAGCAGAUAGAGGAGUCGACUGACCAGGCGGCGAAGUCGGUGACCACGAAGACGGUGAACGUGCACGGCGAGGAGAUCGUGGUGACGACGCAGUCGCCGCACGAGCAGCAGGUCUUCGCGAGCAAGACUGACUGGCGCAACCGCUGCCUCGCCUCGGGCACGCUGCACCUGCGCGCGAAGCACAUCUACGUGGCCACCGUCGAGUCGAGUCAGGUGGUGGUGCUUCCGAACAACCUGAUCAGGAAGCUGAUAGCGGUGGCUGACCUGCGGACGCAGGUGGCCGCGUACCUCUACGCGAAGCACGAGGAGUCGGGCUCUGAGAAGGUCUACUCGAUCGUGUGCAUGGUGCUGGUGCCGCAGGUGGGAACGCACAAGAACGUCGUGCUCCCGAAGCUGAAGCCGGAGCACGAGGCGCUCAACGACCUGGUGCCGAUAGGGUGGAUGUUCACGAGGCCGAACGAGGGCGAGAUCGAGCAGCAGACGCUGGAGUACCACCAGAAGAUGAUCAACGACUUCAACUGGGACGUGGCAGCAGUGAUGGGAACGUGCACGUUCACGCCGGGAUCGUGCGCAAUAGCGGCCAAGAAGCUGGUGAACCCGCUCGAAAAGCCGCAGAACCUGCAGCUGGAGAGCGUCCAGGUGCUCGUGUCGGACACGUUCAAGGGCUUCUUCCUGGUGCCCGCGGACGGAGCGUGGAACUACAACUUCAUGGGAGCAAAACACUCGCCGCACAUGAACUACCAGCUGCAGAUAGAGGUGCCGAAGCCGUUCUACGACCCGGUUCACAGGCCACUCCACUUCAUACAGUUCGCGCACGCCUCGCAGGAGAAAAUAUUCGAGGAAGAUAAUCCACUUGCGUAA